AUGUACGCCGCUCAGAAUAUAACGCCAACAGUUUUGGAUGCUAUGAAUGGAAAUGUUUCCGAAUGGUAUAACGAAUGCGACAAUGCCAUUAGAAGGUCAGAAAUAGUUCCUGGAACUUACGAAUAUACAACUGCUGUUUCUUAUGGAAACGUAGGUGAGUUUGGAGAAGGUUCUUCAACAACAGUAGAUAUUGCUUGCGACAGGUUUCAUAUUAUUUCUAUUGACAACUCAUUCUUAUACGUGGAACAAGACAUUGAAAUAAAACCUUCUGCCAAGUUGUCUGACAAGAAAGGUUGCAAUGGAAUUUUCUAUGUCGGAUACCAAUAUGCUCCAGAAGUUUUCAUGGGAUAUAAGAUAUAUUCUAACUCUGACUUAGUUCAAACAGUAACAUGGGCAAACUAUGAAUGGUUCGCUUUGAGAAACUCAGUACAACCACAAGCUAGAGAACAAACAGACCAGUAUGCAACUAUUGAGAAAAUAAGAAGACUUGACCCUAACGUUCCAGGAGUUUAUGUUAACCUUUCUGGACAAACUGCAGCAGCAGUAACCAAAGUAAAACUGAAACUUAGAGUUCCUUUGUCAUCUUUCCUCAUCUUCAGG